AUGAGUGAAAGACACUUUCCACGCGCCUCACAAACAGCCGUCCACGCGCCUCACAAACACCCGUCCACGCGCCUCACAAGCAGCCGUCCACGCGCCUCACAAGCAGCCGUCCACGCGCCUCACAAGCAGCCGUCCACGCGCCUCACAAACACCCGUCCACGCGCCUCACAAGCAUCCGUCCACGCGCCUCACAAGCACCCGUCCACGCGCCUCACAAGCACCCGUCCACGCGCCUCACAAGCACCCGUCCACGCGCCUCACAAACAGCCGUCCACGCGCCUCACAAACACCCGUCCACGCGCCUCACAAACACCCGUCCACGCGCCUCACAAACACCCGUCCACGCGCCUCACAAACACACGUCCACGCGCCUCACAAGCAUCCGUCCUCAGGUUAUAUUUGUCCACGCAGUAG